AUGACACGCAAUGAAUUUCCCUUUUUGAAUCUGCUCCUCGUCAGCAGAAGAGUUCGCAAUGAGAUCCUUCCAAUGAUCUUAUGGAAAUACUGGGUCCUCGUCCCUCGAUCAGACCCUCCACCCACGAUUCUUCCACACAAGGCAGGAUUCUGUCUCCGAAGGAUUUGUGUGCGCUGGAAGCAGAAGGAUGAUCUCAGAUUCGUGCGAGUCAUCAACGAGCAAGGCCAGCUGGAGUGCAUCGAAUUUCUCAUCAAUGUGGAGGUUAACCAGCUAUGGGAGAACAAAGCCGCCUUCCUUGGCGACUUCAGGAGAAACGUCUUCCGCGCCAGGAAGUGCUCGCUCAAAAGUAUCGAUAUCCGCCAUGAGAAUUUGGAGAAGAUGGAGAAGGCGCUUUGGAAGUUGGCAAGGUGGGAUAGGAGUUAUUCUGGUGGUAUGUCAUACCAGUAUACGAUGAGACUGGUGACUAGGCAGUGGGACUCGUGGGAAUGCAUGGAGGGGUUCUUCAGUUACUGGAGACGGAGAGUUAUGAGGGAGUGUGAGGAGAUGAUGGUAGGACUGGGUCGGAAAUGA